AUGUAUAAUUGGCAAUAGAAAAAGUAUAUAUAACAGGGUAAAAAUGAAAAAAAAUAAUGGGAUAAAGAAAAAUAGGAUAAUGAUGAAAAAGAAUUAUAGGAUAAUAAGAAAAAAGAAAUCUAUGAUAAUAAUGAAAAUGAAUAAAAGGAUAAAAACAAAAUAGUAUAAUAGGAUAAUAAUGAAAAACAAUAACAAGAUAAUAAGGAAAUAGAAUUACAGGAAAAAAAUGAAAACGAAUAACAGGAUAAUAAUGAAAAAGAAUAACCAAAUAAUAAUGAAUAACAAUAACAGGUUACUUAAACUGAUGUGGAAAACUUGGAUAAAAUUAAUUACUUUUUCAUUGCUGAUGAGAUUUGGAAUAAAAUGGAAAAACAGUCAAUUGCUAGCCAAUUUUUCAACUCUCGAGAAUUAGAUGAUCAUAACAAAAACCUCCUAUUUGGACACUACCAUAAACACUUCAAAAAUGAGUUUACAAAAUUUAGUAUUGAGAAAGAUAGAACGAUUGAAGUUGUUUGCAAUGCAUUAUCUGAACUAAAUCUUACAAGUUUAUGACUUUUAUGAUGAAUUUAUUAAUUAGUGUCAUUAUCAACAAAUAGAAAAGUAGAGAAAUCUGGGAAAAUCAAUACUUAUUGAUCGGUUUUUACAUGACUUAAAAAAGUAUUCAAUCAAUCUUGCAAAAGUAAUGAGCACAAAAUAAAUGACAUAAGUUUAAUAUUAAUAAUAAGGAUUUCUGUAUUAGGAAGAAAAAGAAGAGGAGAAAUGGUAAAAUGAAUUUUUUAAUGAUGAUGAUCGUUAAUUUGGUUCCUAUAAAAAGGAUUUAAGGAGUUGUUCAUUAGUUUAAUAAAAAGGCAUAAACUUUUAAUAUGUUCAUAAGUCUCUCUAAGAGUUCUUUGUAGCGGCUGAUUUAUAUGGCAUAUUAGUUUUAUUUAAAGAUUUUCAAAGCCUAAUAUUCAAUUAGAUACUAGUAUAGCUAUCUAAAGGAAACAAUUAUGAUCAAAAUUUUUUAGAAUAUCUAUAAAAUCAAAUAAAUUAAUAAAAUCUAAUUAUAGGUGAAGUUUCAAUUAGGAAUGAAAAAAAAAUAUUGAAUAAACUCUAUUUGAGAGCUUUGAAAAAACAUGAAUUUUGUUUAAAAUAAUUAUUACAAAAAAUAAAGCAAGAACCUUAAAUAAUAGAACUUUUAAAAUUUCUUGUAUAUUUAACAGUAAUUGAUAAAAGUUUUAUUUAAGGUGGGUCGAACUCACUGAAUUUAUUAGUUGAGAUGUAGGUUGAUCUAAAAAGGCAUGAUUUCUAAAAAAUAAAAAUCAGAGAUACUUCCUUGAUAGGAGGAAAUUUUACAAAAUGUGAUUUAAGCUUAUCUGAUAUUAAAAAUGUGAAUAUAAAUGGAAUUAAUAUUAAUGGAGCAAUAAUGAUUGGUUGCAACUGGAAAAAUCUGAAGAUUAAUGAGUUGAAUACAUUAUUUGGUCAUUCUAAUACAGUUAAUUCAAUUUGUUACUCUCCUGAUGGUACUACAUUAGCAUCUGGUAGUGAUGAUAAGUCUAUCCGUUUAUGGGAUGUUAAGACAGGAUAAUAAAAAGCCAAAUUAGAUGGUCAUUC